AUGAGCUUUCACAAAAGGCUGAUACAACAGUUGCUUGUGGUGGUGAUUGUAGCACUAAUUGCAGCAACACCAGCAGAAUCUCAAGCGAAGCCCGGCUGCCCAGAAACCUGUGGCAACCUGACCAUUCCAUACCCAUUCGGCACAAGUGAAAGCUGUUACCUAGAUGAGACUUUCCUCAUAACAUGUAAUGAGUCCAAAGCACAGUUAGGAAACGGCAACAUAGAUGUCCUUAACAUAUCACUGGAUGGUGAGUUGAUAGUCUCGACCUGGAUAGCAUUUGAUUGUUACACAGAAUCGGGUGGACUUGACAGCCACUACGAUCACUGCAUUACUGAUGUGGUGAAUGGUACCUGCUCCGGCAUAGGUUGUUGCCAAACGUCAAUUCCAAGAGGAGUAAUAGACUUUAAUUUGACUGUGAAAAGCUAUUACAAUCAUUCAGGGGUUUGGAACUUCAAUCCUUGCAGCUAUGCUUUUAUUGUUGAGGAUGGAAUUUAUACAUUCGCCUCAGUUGAUCUCUACAAUUUAAGCACCUACAAGAUGUUGCCUGUUGUGCUUGAUUGGGCCGUGGACAGUAAGACAUGUGAAGAAGCCAGAAAGAAUAUGAGCAGCUACUCUUGUGGGAACAAUACUACAUGCUAUGACUCUGAUAAUGCUCCAGGGUAUCGCUGCAAUUGUUCUCAAGGUUAUCAGGGGAUAUCUUCCAGAUGGUUGCCAAGUUGGUAUAUUUUGUCAGCUCGAGUAAGCCUUGUUCUUGUUAAAAUUAAUUGUAUGCAGAUAUUGAUGAGUGCUCGGCUCCUGGACUCAAUCCGUGCACAAAUAUCUGUCACAACACGAUUGGGAACUUCACUUGUUCUUGCCCAAAGUGGUAUCAGUACUAGCCUUUUAUUUUUCUGUGUAAUCGCUGUUUUUGUGUACUGGGCAAAGCAGAAAAGGAAAAACACCAAAGCCAGAGAAGAUUGCUUUAAGCAAAAUGGUGGUGUAAUGUUACAAGAACAACUUUCCAAAGGGGAAAAUUCUGAUCAAGUAGCCAAACUAUUUACCGAAGAAGAGCUCAGGAAGGCAACAAAAAACUUCAAUGAGAGUUGUGUUAUUGGCCAAGGUGGUUUUGGUACUGUGUACAAAGGAACAUUGGCAGAUAACAGAGUGGUUGCCAUCAAGAAGUCCAAAUUAGUAGACCUAGACCAAAUUAAUCAAUUUGUCACUGAGGUGAAAAUUCUUUCCCAAAUUGACCAUCCAAAUGUGGUAAAGCUCUUGGGUUGCUGCUUAGAGACACCAGUUCCUUUACUAGUUUACGAAUUCAUCACCAACAAUGCACUCUUCCACCACCUACAUGACGAAGCUCGUGUGUCCUCAAUCCCAUGGGAAAGUCGUCUGAGGAUUGCCGCGGAAACUGCAGUAGCUCUUGCACAUAUGCACUCUACCACACAAAUUAUUCACAGAGAUAUCAAGUCUGCCAACAUUCUCUUGAAUGAUGAAUACACAGCAAAAGUAUCUGACUUUGGAAUUUCAAAGUUUGUGCCUUCAGGUAAAACACAUUUAACCACACUGGUGCAAGGGACCUUUGGGUACAUAGACCCUGAGUACUUCCAUUCAGGUAACUUAACAGAAAAGAGCGAUGUUUAUAGCUUUGGAGUUGUCCUUGUAGAGCUACUAUCAGGCGAGAUGGUAGUUUCUUUUGAAAGACCCGAAAAGGAUAGGAGUCUAGCUGCAUAUUUCGUUUCUUCAAUGGAGGAGAAUUGUUUAUUUCAAAUUCUCGAGGAUCGAGUAAAAAGAGAGGGAGAUGUUGAACAGCUAAAAGGAGUUGCUGAGGUUGCAAAAAGAUGCUUAGAAUUGAAGGGAGAUCGAAGGCCAACUAUGGAGGAAGUAAAAGAGGAGCUUGAGGCCUUGAGAAAGUUUGAGAAGCACUCGCGUCCUGAUCAAAUCGGAUCAGACAUAGAAGAGAGGGAUCCCUUGCUCUACAAACCAUUGGAUUUCUAUGGCAAGUCUGCAUCAACUGUGUUUGACGACACCAAGAACCAAGCAAAAUUUCAGAUGGACAGUCGUGGGCGAUGA